AAUCCCCCAGAAGCCAGUUCGAGCAGUAGCGGCCGGUACGUCCAGGGAAGAGCAGCGUGAGAGAAUUAGUUGCCAUGUACUUCGCGGCUCUCGUUCUGCUUCUCUCGUUGUCCCCCUCACUGCAGAAAUCCCGGGAUUUCUACACGUUUAAGGUGGUAAAUAUCAGGGGCAAGCUGGUGUCGCUGGAGAAAUACCGUGGUUCGGUGUCUCUGGUGGUCAAUGUAGCAAGUGAGUGUGGAUAUACAGACUCUCACUACAAAGCAUUGCAGCAACUGCAGAGGGACUUGGGUUCUCACCACUUCAAUGUUUUGGCAUUUCCAUGCAACCAGUUUGGACAACAGGAACCAAAUAGUGAUCGAGAAAUUGAGAACUUUAUCAGAAAGAAUUACAGUGUAUCCUUUCCCAUGUUCAGCAAAACUGCAGUCACUGGCUCUGGUGCCAAUACUGCCUUCAAGUACCUAAUCGAAUCCUCUGGAAAAGAACCGGACUGGAAUUUCUGGAAAUACUUGGUUGGGCCAGAUGGUAAAGUAGUUGAUGCUUGGGGUCCAACAAUCUCUGUAGCAGAGGUGAGGCCUCACGUCACAAGUCUUGUGAGGAAAAUAAUUCUGAAGAAGAAAGAAGAACUUUAAGACACUUCCUAGAUGAUUGUUGAAAUCUUAUGGCUCAUUCCUUUCAUUUGUUUCCAAGACAUCAGAAUGAACAUGCUUAGAACAUUUGGAUAUUGAGAAUCAUGAGUGUGGUAUUCCCAUGGAUCUACCAGUGUCUUAUUAUAAAGUUUCAUAUUACAGUGAAAUGAGUUGUCAUGUCUCUGGAAACCACUUAGUAAAAAAUAAUGCAUGACGGACGCAAGCAAAUAUGACAGAUUAUCUCUCUAUUUUUUAAAAAACUUUUUUUUACUUAGUAAAAUCAGUAAACACCCAACUAAAGAAUGCAUAUUUCUCAUUGCCAAGUCAUCUUUUGUAUGUUGUGUCACAAAUGAAAACUGUAUAUUUUAGAAAUGCAAAAUAAAAAAGGUUUGUUAUUU